CAACACCUCGUGCUCCUCGCAGAGCGUCCAGCUCCUCCUCAGCCCGCCUCGCGCUCUGCUAUGGUCGUCAACGUGCGAGGCUGCAAUUUCAGCACCACAGACAGCUCCCUGUCCGGCUCCAGCUCCAGCACCGCCGCCGCCGCCCUGUGGGACCCCGCGGCGCCGCCGAGCCCCGGGGGGCUGAGCCGGACCGGACACACGGUGGUGGCAGUAUGCCUGGGCUUCAUCCUAGUGGCGGGGGUCCUCAGUAACCUCCUCACUCUGCUCAUAUUCGCAAAGUUUCGCUCGCUCUGGACGCCCAUCAACCUGAUCCUGCUGAACAUCAGCCUGAGCGACAUCCUGGUGUGCGUCUUCGGGACUCCGUUCAGCUUCGCGGCCAGUCUGCACGGCAGGUGGCUCAUCGGGGAGUACGGCUGCAAGUGGUACGGAUUCGCCAAUUCUCUCUUUGGGAUUGUGUCCUUGGUGUCCUUGUCUAUUCUGUCCUAUGAGCGCUGCACGGCUGUGCUGCGCGCCUCCCAGGUUGAUAGCUCGGACUUCAGGAAGGCAUGGCUGUGCGUCGGAGGCUCCUGGCUCUACUCGCUCUUCUGGACACUGCCGCCCCUGCUGGGUUGGAGCAAUUACGGUCCCGAAGGCCCCGGUACCACUUGUUCCGUCCAGUGGCACCUCCGCUCGCCGUCGAGCGUCUCAUACGUGCUGUGUCUCUUCAUCUUCUGCCUCCUUCUGCCUCUUGUGCUCAUGGUCUACUCGUACGGUCGGAUCCUGGUGGUCAUUAAGAGGGUGGGUAAAAUAAACCUCCUGGCAGCUCAGCGCAGGGAGCAGCACAUUCUGGUGAUGGUGUUGUCCAUGGUGUCCUGCUACAUGCUGUGCUGGAUGCCAUAUGGCAUCAUGGCCAUGCUCGCCACCUUCGGCCGGUCGGGGCUGGUCACUCCCAUGGCCAGUGUGGUGCCGUCCGUCCUCGCCAAGUUCAGCACUGUGGUCAACCCCGUGAUCUAUGUGUUCCUAAACAACCAGUUUUCCAGAUGCUUUGUGGCCUUCGUGAAGUGCAGCGAGGAGCCUCAGUCAGUCCACGGAGACGAGCAGCCAACCCCAAGGACGCAUCUGUCAAGUUUCUUCUACGUCCACAGACAAGCCUCCCUCAGCUCCUCGGAGCCUCAGACCCUCAGCCAGUCCAGGAACACCGCCCUCUGCUGCCAGCGCAAAGAGGGCUGCACCCUUUUUGUGCACUACACCCCAUAA